AUGAAAUAUAGAGAAAGUAUUUCUGAACCACCUCUUGAUAAAUUAGAGUAGAUAAGAUAGAAGUUUUCAAAAUAAUUAACUAAAGUAAAAGCUAAAGGGUUUGUUACAUGUAGUAUUGGAAAAUCUAUCUAAAAUGAUGAUGCUGGAUCAAGAAUUUCAUUAGGCAAAAGUUCAUUUCUAGAAAAACUAUAAUCAAUUAAUUCAUUUGAAGAUGAUGAAAGGACUUUAUUAAAGUCUAUUUAAUUUGAUGUAUAACUAGCCAUAAAAAGAUAUUAAAAAAGAAUUGAAUAAAUAACUUAAUAAUAAGUAGAAAGAAGUUCAUUAAGAUCUUGUUAAUAAGAAAUAGUGCAAUAUCUUACAACACCUUAAUAAGACAAUAAAUAUAUACAAUUAGAUUCUUAAAUUUUAACAAAGAGAUCUGCUUCGAAAAGUACUAUUUAGAUUACUUAAACUGAUACAAAUCAUAAGGAAUUGAAAUAAUGUAAUAAAAAUAUCUUAGGCAAUAAAAAAUCAAAUAAAACUUUUAAAAUAAUAUCAGAUAAAUAGAAUAAAUUUAAGCAGACAAAAAAAUAAAGUAAUUAAUCUCUUACUGAAAUAAGUCUGUUGAAUAAAAAGUAAUCUUUAAAUAAAGAUGGUGCACUUAGUUAAAAAUCUGUUUCAACUCGUCAACCUAGUGUAAAGGAAAUAGCAAUAAAUUUAGAAUAAAGAAGAUCUACUGGAAUGUCAUAGAGAAAUAAGCCAAGAUAAUCAAGAAAUUCGAUCAAUUCUUUUGAAAAUAAGUAACAAGUAAAAACUAAAAAACCAUUAGUAUUCUGA